AUGAAGAUCCCGUCGCUCGUUCUCUUCUUGGCGAUCUGCUCAGCUGCUUACGCCACACAAUGUAACGUCAAUCCGGUGAACGUCCCAAAACAAUGGAUUACGAUGUCCCGAGGAUGCAGGGACAGUGUCAGGAGACAGAUUCAGAUGGAAGUCUCGGCUUCAAUCCAGUACUUGGCCAUGGGAGCUCACUUCUCUAAGGAUUCGAUCAACCGUCCCGGAUUCGCGAAUCUAUUCUUCGAAGCCAGCAAGGAAGAACGGCAGCACGCCAUGAAACUUAUCGAGUACCUCCUGAUGAGAGGAGAACUCACAAACAAUUUAACAUCUCUUAUUGCUGUCAGGGCGCCAGAACGUAAGACCUGGUCAAGCGGCCAAGAAGCUCUCGAAGACGCGUUGAAGAUGGAGACCGAAGUCACAAAAGCCAUCCGUACUGUUAUUGUAAACUGUGAAAAUGAUAGGUCAGCUGGUCCGGGACAAGACGACAACGACUACCAUCUCGUCGACUACUUGACUGGUGAAUUCCUUGAAGAACAGUACAAGGGUCAGCGCGACCUCGCCGGAAAGGCUUCCACACUCAAGAAGAUGAUGGACCGCCACUCUGCCCUCGGAGAAUUCAUCUUCGACAAGAAACUCCUUGGCAUUGACAUAUAG